AUGCACUUGAAACUCGGUGUAAGGAUGCACUUGAAACUCGGUGUAAGGAUGCACUUGAAACUCGGUGUAAGGAUGCACUUGAAACUCGGUGUAAGGAUGCACUUGAAACUCGGUGUAAGGAUGCACUUGAAACUCGGUGUAAGGAUGCACUUGAAACUCGGUGUAAGGAUGCACUUGAAACUCGGUGUAAGGAUGCACUUGAAACUCGGUGUAAGGAUGCACUUGAAACUCGGUGUAAGGAUGCACUUGAAACUCGGUGUAAGGAUGCACUUGAAACUCGGUGUAAGGAUGCACUUGAAACUCGGUGUAAGGAUGCACUUGAAACUCGGUGUAAGGAUGCACUUGAAACACGGUGUAAGGAUGCACUGGGACACUGGUUGUCUCUGUAUCAUGCCUCAGUUCCAAGCAUUGGUUGGCCAAUGUAUUGCUGACAACUGUCGCGGUGAGGACGUGCUCGAUGCUAGAUCUUUGGCUACUUCAGUUUGUUCUAGUGCUGGUGUUUGGGAUCCAUACUGGAUGCCUCCUGCUAGUAUCAGUUCUUCAUUAGAGUAUGCUGCUACUGCCGUUGCCACUACCACUGAUGACACCUCGUCAAGCACCGAUGUUGCCUCUUCUAGUGAUUCUCCUUCUUCUUCUUCUUCUUCUUCUUCUUCUUCUUCUUCGACCAAAGAAGAAGCCUCCUCAACCGAAGCUGAAGAAACUUCAUCUACUGCUGUCGAAGAAGCAUCGUCUACUGAUUCGACAAUUGAAGAGUCAAGUUCCAACACCCAAUCAUCUGCUGCUCUUGAAUCAAGUUCAGACUCUUCGGAAACACAAUCAACCUCCAAUACCGCUUCCUCCUCUGACUCAUUGAUCACAACAGCACCAACCACCUCCUCAACCUCCUCCGGAUGGUAUGUGACAAUCCAAAGACAGCUUCAAUCAAUGGUUUUGCAGACAAGAUCUACGACCGUUUACCAGAGUGUGCUAAACCCUGCGUAA